UGUCCGCAGUCUCUGGUCAUCUCCUGUACUGUGUCCGCAGUCUCUGGUCAUCCCUGUACUGUGUCCGCAGUCUCUGGUCAUCCCUGUACUGUGUCCGCAGUCUCUGGUCAUCUCCUGUACUGUGUCCGCAGUCUCUGGUCAUCUCCUGUACUGUGUCCGCAGUCUCUGGUCAUCUCCUGUACUGUGUCCGCAGUCUCUGGUCAUCUCCUGUACUGUCCGCAGUCUCUGGUCAUCUCCUGUACUGUGUCCGCAGUCUCUGGUCAUCCCUGUACUGUGUCCGCAGUCUCUGGUCAUCCCUGUACUGUGUCUGCAGUCUCUGGUCAUCCCUGUACUGUGUCCGCA